UAGACGGUUAGAAACGGGUGUCUGCUCAUCCGGUUUUAAUGGACAUUUCCAGUAUUUAUUCAGUCACAAUGGAUAAAGCAUUUGUGCUGCACUCCGAUAAAGCAGAGGACGUUGCUACGUCUUCAAGCUUCCGUCAGUUCAAGAUAGAACACUUUCAUUUGGCUUUAAAAGUUAAUUUCGAAAAGAAAUGCUUAUCGGGAGCUGUAACCCUGCGUAUACAGUGCAUUCGGGAUUCUCAGAGCGAGCUGCUUCUUGACAUUCAUCCGACACUAAACCUACAUGAUGUGUCGUUUAGUCGUAAUGACCAGCAAUGGACAACAGUCGAAUUCCUCACUCGUGACUUUACAAGUUACGGCACUACACUGGCUGUGAAAUUUCCAUUCCUUUGGAAUUCAGAGGAUAAAUUUCUGCUUUCCGUCAAGUAUGCCGCUUUUGAUGGACCAGGGGUGUGCUGGCUGGACCAAGAGCAGACUGCAGGAAAGCUCAAGCCAUAUGUCUUUACCCAAGGCCAGGCUGUGCUCAACCGUUCCUUCUUUCCUUGCUUUGAUACUCCAGCGGUAAAGAGCACCUAUUCUGCAGCAGUAGAGGUGCCUGAUGGCUUCACAGCAGUUAUGAGUGCCACCAAAUGGGAGCACAGGAAAACAGACAACACUUUCCUGUUCCGCAUGGAGCAGCCCAUUCCUGCCUAUUUGGUGGCAUUGGCUGUUGGGGAUUUAGUUUCUGCUGAAGUAGGUCCAAGGUCACGGGUGUGGACUGAACCAUGCUUAUUGGAGGCUGCCAAGAAGGAAUAUGAUGGCGUGAUUGAGAAAUUUCUGUCAGUAGGAGAAAAGCUCUUCGGACCCUAUGUUUGGGGAAGGUAUGACGUGCUGUUCAUGCCUCCAUCAUUUCCCUUUGGAGGGAUGGAGAAUCCCUGCCUGACCUUUGUCACUCCAUGUCUGCUAGCAGGGGACCGUUCCCUUGCAGAUGUCAUCAUCCAUGAGAUCUGCCACAGCUGGUUUGGAAACCUGGUCACUAAUGCUAACUGGGCAGAUUUCUGGCUCAAUGAAGGCUUCACUAUGUAUGCUCAACGCAGAGUCUGUAAAGAGCUAUAUGGGGAGGCCUAUACCUGUCUUGAAGCGGCGACAGGUAGAGCUUUACUAAGACAACACAUGGACAACACUGGAGAAGACCACCCUCUUAACAAACUGCGUGUCAAGAUUGAACCUGGUGUUGAUCCUGAAGACACAUACAACGAAACUCCCUAUGAGAAAGGAUUCUCUUUUGUGUCCUAUCUGGCCCACCUUACAGGGGACCAAAGCUGCUUUGAUGCUUUCCUUAAGGUGUAUGUUGACAAGUUUAAGUUCCGCAGUGUGAUUGCUGAAGACACUCUAGAAUUCUACCUUGAGUAUUUCCCUGACUUAAAGAAAAAGAGCGUCCACAACAUUGAAGGAUUGGAGUUUGAUAGCUGGCUGAAUGUUCCUGGUUGGCCCCCGUACCUCCCUGACCUCUCAGCUGGCCAGGCUCUGAUGAAGCCAGCUGACCAGCUAGCUGAACUCUGGGGGGAAGACGGUGUAGACAUUACUACCAUCAGUAAGAUUGAUGUAGAACCAUGGAAGACUUAUCAAACUGUUUAUUUUUUGGACAAGAUCCUUGAGAAAUCUCCGCUCCCUGAUGGUAAUCUCAAAAUGCUAGAGGAGCAAUACCCACACAUUGUGAAGUCCAACAAUGCUGAGCUAAGACUACGCUGGGCUCAGAUUGUUGCAAAAAACCAACACAAACCUGGAUAUCAACAUGUACGCAGUUUCCUCAGUUGGCAGGGGAAACAGAAGUACACAAUACCUGUGUAUCGAGCUCUUUGGAACGGAACAGAGGAAACAAAGGCUCUGGCUGCAGAGAUUUUCUCUGCCACUUCCCAUCAGCUCCAUGUUAAUGUUCGCAAAUAUGUGAAAAAGAUAAUGGUUUGAGCUUUCAGAUAAAUAAGUAGAACCUCAUUAAUCUGUUUUUAAUUACAAAGAGGAAAUCAACAUAUUUGGCAAAACUACUUAAUUAUAGUACUAGGAACCAGACAUCCGAGGCCUUUAAUGGCUCUAAAAGCCACAUCCCAUUAAGUUAUUACACAAAAUGGAUACCUGAGACACUUUUGUGAUAGUUUUGUUAUAAAGUUUUGGUCUCUUUUUAGUAUAAGCUAAUACUCCAGGAUUACAUCCAUUUGACCCUCAAAACAGCAUUUUCUACUGAGAUCAGUACAUGAGAGCUAAUGUGUUUUUGUUGUUACUAGCCAUGAGAAGAGUCUGACUGCAGAGCCGCAGAUAUACAUGCAGCGGUUUCAGGCCAGUGGAAUGCAUGUACAGUAGGACAGCAGGACUGUUCCACGUAAACAAAACCCUUAUAGGAAAAUUGAGUGGUAUGAGUGUUUACAUUCAAAUUAUAACCAGUGGCCAGUCUCCUCAUUUGUAAGGUCUCUGAUGUGAACAGCAACUUUGUGCUGGUUGUAUGUGUCACCAUGCAUGUUACCAUUUUGGAAGAGAUAUCAGUGCCAAUUAUACAAAUCAACCACUGCUAACAGGUUAAACCAUAAGCCAAAACUACAAAACCAUUAGAAACAAAAAGAAACACUUAAUAGUUCCUAUGUUUUUUGCCUAAAGCUUUAUGCUCCGUUUAAGCAUACUUAAAGUAAAGUUUUAUUCCUACACAUGUAAUGUGAGUGUACACAUAAAGACAGCAUAAUAAGGGUAAAUUAAUUGAGCUGUAUAUCUCUCUAACCUGUCACUUUACCCAGGCCACAUCAGCUGUAGUUUGUGUAAUAUUUGCCCUAUGAAUCUCUAUAUGCAUUCAAACCAAAUUUUCUUUCAGCUUAAUGCUUAAUAUAUAACAUUAGCCUGACAACAAAUUUCACAUAUUUAUUGGAAACCCACAUAAACUGAAUGAAAUGUUGAUUAGCCUAAAACUUUGCUAAGAAAAACCAAAACAAGUUUUGGUGCAUGUGCUGAAUGGCACUGACUUGAACCUGCUGGAAUGAAACUGGAGAACUUGUAGAGAGCAGAAUUACGACGCACUCCUGAAGGAGUCCAAAAUAAAUGGGUUAAGGCAGAGCAUUUGAACAAAAUCAUAGUUUAUAAAUGCUUGAACAUGAAAUGCCAGCAUUUGAAGAAAUGCGCUUUGCAUUCUUUCACUGGUCUUGAGUAGUCUUUGUCAGUUUUAGUUCAGUUUGUAGAGUUGUUCGACUGUGAUAUUUGUGUAGCUUCAAAACAAUUAGACACAACUUCAGAAUGCGUGUUACUUGUAAUGGCAAUCGAAUAAAACACUCCAUACUGUUUUUUUUUCUCUCUAUUUAUUUUUGCAUCCUGGUACAGUGCAGUUCAAAACCACUCUAUACAAUUAAACAGCAAGGUGCAACUGUGAUCUAUCACAGUUCCUGUGAUUAAUAGUCACAUAAGCCAUGAGUUUUGCAUUAAUCUGCAUUAAUAGUCAGCAUGUGCCAUGUAACGCUGCCUACCUAAACAACAUGUUUGGUACAUGCAAGGUAUUGUAAGGACAAAAUAGUGCCCAAAAACACAUUUUACUAUUAUCAGUGUGAUAUAUAAAACCUUAUAAGACGCGUGUCAUAGUUCACUGGUCAUUUUGGAUAGCAGACAAAAUGGUGAUAUUUGUAGUGUAGACAUAUGGAUGUCUGGUUCCUAGUACUAUAAUGAACAAUUCUGACUCUGGUAAUUUCUCUAGAAGGGUGCAUUUCACACCAAACCACUGUGAAUGGUUUUGUUUACAUCUAAACCACUAAAUGAUUAAAUAGCCUAAUUUGCUCAUGCUAAAUCGGUGGAGUUCCCCUUUAAAGAAUGUUGUGGGAUACUGAAAAAUAUUUGAACGCUUUUCUUACAUUUUCCUUCUGUUAUGUUCAUACUGAUUAUGAAGAUUAGUGAUUUGUUUACCUAAUUUGUCAAUAUAUAAUUUGACUUUCUAAAGUACUUGCCUUGUUCUUUCUUAAUUCUGACAACUAAUAAAAGCAAAGAUUAUAA